CUAUCCUCGUCUCACAGGCCUCGACGUCGCAGUCCUUCACUGGUCUGCCGAGUCGUCUCUUUUGUACACAACAAUUAUUCGCGUCGGACAAUUGCAUCAUAUCUAAUUGUCUUCUCUUGACACACCUACCCCACAUCAUCUAUUCUCACCGCGACACAUUCAAUUAUUUGCUGCGUUCCACCACUGCUCUUACUCUCUCGACUCUCGACUCCCGGGAACGUCUUCGACAGACAAGAUGUCCGACCCUACUCGCGCCGCUCAAGCUCCAGAGGACUGGGAUCGCUCUGAGUCCGAUAUUAUAGACUCCGCAUCCUCGUCUGCACGCGUCGCGUUUCCGUCUGACGGGCAGGCGGAAGAGAACGGGGAUGGGGCAGUGGAAGGGGAGGGAAGUCAGAGAGGGAAGAGGACAUUGAGCGAGCUAUUGAAGUUGCAUGCCGCGAAAGGGUCCGACAGUAAUUUCAGUGCGGAAGAGGCGACGCGGGUGGCAGACGUGUUAGGAGAGUGGAUAAACUCAGGUUCCUCACCAUAUGAGGGGGAAGACGACUUUUUCGCCCGAGCACAGGAUGACUCGUCAGUAUCACGGCAGCGCACACCAGCCCUCGACUCGCGCCCCAGAGGGCAGAGCGAUUCCGGCGUUGGAAAAUCAUGAAUGGGGGGUUUAGCCGUUCAGCACAACCUAACGCACCCAUCAACUCUUCGUCUCGCUCUGAUCAGCUCUCCGCCGCAUCUGCAUCUGCACCGUACUAUUGCUUUCUCUAUGAACUGUUCUCCGAAAUCGUCAAGCAACAAUGCCUUUUUUCUCCCUCACACCAGCGGCGUCAACACCCUCAUCAAUGACUUCUCGUUUCCAUCAUUCUGGGUUUUACGAAUUCUCUGCUCGCUUCUCUUAUUGUCUUGUUAGCAGUCUCGUGUCUUGUUUCUUACUUCUGAUUUCAUUAUUUCUUCUCCGUUGACGACAGUGACAUGACCUUUACGACCCGUUCACGACCCCGCUACGACCUUAGAGUUAUAUAUCUAAGUACCUUCCCCAGUCUCCACUUCCGACCGCCAUUCGUCCCGACCUUUCGCCCCCGCAUUUCCUUGCACUAUUUAUCCACUCCCCUCUUAUUGCUUGCUUUUCCUCUUCCUCUUCCUUUUCUUUUUUCCUUUUCCUUCUUCCCUUUGGUCCUGCGAACGGGUCGGAACGGCGAGAUUGGGGACGGACUGGGACGUCGGCGUGGCUCUUUGUGGACCUCUUUUGGACGCUGCCCUAUAGUAAUGAUUCU